AUGCCGACGCACCACGCUUCGUUCUCGAGCCCCUUAAGAAAGGAACAAUCACGUUGUUCCGGCAGGGUCCCGCGUGGACGUCACACCCGGGCGGCGUCUGAGACGACGACGGCGGCGGCGAUGACGAUGGGGACGCGCGUGCAUCUCGGCACGGCGCCGGAUAUCCGAACCGCCGUUCGCCGCGCGACGUCGACGUCGAUUGGCCGCCACGCGCGUCCGGCGCCGUCGCAUCAAUCACCGCCCCCAUCGACGCGUGGUUCAUCGCGGAGGAGGACGCGCGGCGUUCGAACGCGGGGGGCGCACCAUCCGCGCGUCCACGCCGCGUCCAUCGCCGCGUCAUACGAUACCCCCGAUGCGCCCGCGCCGGGGGCACAUCCCAGGGCGCAUCGGUACGAGCACCCGCCGGAGACGUACCGCUCCGCGCCCGGCGAAAAGUUCCUCAUGCAGUUCGGCGAGUCCAUGCGGAUCGAGGAGCUCCCCGAGGGCACCCGGGUCGUCUACCCGGGCGUGCGCAAGAACGCGCCGAGCUCCCCGAGCGCGAUGCGCGCGAUGGUCGAGCGCGCGCUGGACGAUCCGGUGGGCCAACCCCCGCUCCGGGAGAAGAUCCGAGCCCUGGUCGCCGCGAAAGGAUCCACCGGCGCUAAGAUCCUCUUCGCGUUCGACGACGUGUCGCUUCCGCUUCCCCCGAUGCGAUCCCCCGACAUCAGGCGCGUCAUCAUGGAGGAGUGCGAGCGACGCGUCGUCGAGGAGGGCGUGGACCCGAGUUGCGUCAAGUUCGUGUGCUCCAUCGCGCUGCACAGGUUCAUCCGUCCGGAUGAGUUUCGACACAUCUGCGGCGACUACCUGUACAAUAAGUACUCGAAGUUGGGAGCGGUCUCAAACUACAACGCGGUGGACGAGGAGCACAGCGUGGUCAUCGGGCGCACCGAACUCGACGAGGAGGUCAAGGUGUGCAAGGACUUCGCCGAGGCGGACAUGCUGAUAUACGCCAACUGUAAUUACGUCGCCAUGGACGGAGGGUACAAGAGUUACGCCACGGGCCUCGUGCACUACACGACUCUCAGAUACAACCACGACUCGGAGACGCUGAAGAAGACUCGGUCGUUGAUGGAUCCCGCCCGAUCUUCGCUGCACGCGUCCAUCAUCCGCAUCGGCAAGGUCAUGCAGAAGCACACGGACGUGUUUCACGUGGAGACGGUGUUGGACGACAACAGGUUUCCGUUUUAUCUCCGGUGGGUCCAGAUCUUAUUCCGGCGAAUGAACUGGAUACAGAAGGCGAUGGCGAGGAUAUCCUGCUUCUUCCUGAGGUUCCUGCCAAACUGGCUCCGGCUCUGGAUCUUCUGGGGACCGCUGGUCCGCGGGCAGUUCGGCUUGGUUCAGUGCGUGGCUGGCGAGACCGAGGCGGUGCAUAAACGAACUUUGGAAGCCAACUACGAAGACGCCAUCGUCGACGUCGACGGCCAGGCGGACGUGCUCAUCCUCGCGCCGACGUGCAUCGGCCCUUACACCAAGGACACCUACCUCAACCCGCUGCUCGUGAACACCUACGCGCUGGGAUAUUACUACAACAUGUACGUGGAGGGUGUUCCGUUGCUCAGGCAGGGCGGCGCGAUGAUCGUGGUCAACCCCAUGCCGUACGAUUGGACAGAGCCGACGCACACCGCGUACAAGGCGAUAUUCGAGGAGGCUGUCGCGCCGUUGGGCCCAACGCGCUUCGAGGAGCAGCAGGAGCGCUUCGCGACGGACGAGGCGCUCAACGACAUAUACCGUAAGGGUCUGGGCCCGGCCGCGGUGCACGGGUUUUACAUGUACACCUGGGCCGCGCACGGCAUGGAAAAGGUUGGCAAGGUUUUCGUCGUCGGCGCCGUAGACGCGCGAGGUCCGGAUGUUCUCGGGUGGGAGCGACACGACUCCGUGGUCUCCGCGGUGCGCGCGGCGAAGGAGUGGCUGAGGGGGAGGGGAACGAAGGAACCGGACGCGACGUUUUGGCAGUGUCCGCCGGUCGGUUACGCGAGGGUGAGCGUCGGGAGCGAGGAGGAGAGAGCCGCGAUAGUCGCGGGAAACGUGUGCAAAAAGACGGGCCGGCCUCGCGGCAACUGA